CAGUCAGCUUGACACAUGAGUGCUCAGCCUACCAAGCUCACAAACAUACACACACAAAAUUAUAGAUAAGCACACAAAUACAGACGUAUGGUCACACCCUUAGCCUGAAACUCACUUUGGAACUCACCUGGACAGACUAAAGAAGGAAUAAAGAAGGUGGUCCCGGCUGUGCGAGUGUUAGAAUCCCGAGGGCCUGAAGUGACGAGGCUGGUUGGUCGGCUGGUUUGUUAGACUCAGAUCCACUGACCAUACAACACUCCAUUCAUCGCCAGCAGGUGAAGGACUCAUUCACAGAGAUUUACCAGCACACUGGGUGAGGAAGCUCUGACAUUGUCCAACAAACACCAUCAAACACCAUGGACCUGGAGGAUGACAAAGACUCAGUGGAUAUCCAUGACAACCCUCCAGCUCCUGACAAUGUAGUGAGGGAGGACGGAGACACCGUCUAUUUCAUAUAUGAGGAGGAGGUGGAGGUGGAACCAGAACCAGAACUUCCUCCUGAUCCAGUUAUCCGGGUCAACGACAAACCCCACAAGUUCAAGGACCACUACUGCAAGAAACCCAAGUUCUGCGAUGUCUGUGCUCGCAUGAUAGUCUUGAACAACAAGUUUGCUCUGAGGUGUAAAAACUGCAAGACCAACAUCCACCACUCAUGUCAGUCAUAUGUUGAGUUCCAGAGAUGCUUUGGCAAAAUUCCACCUGGCUUCAGAAGGGCCUACAGUUCCCCCCUGUACAGCAGUGACCAACCAGAUCAAAACAACCCGAACCGGAAUGACCCCGUCUUUGAUACCCUGCGGGUCGGUGUCAUCAUGGCAAACAAAGAGCGCAAAAAGAAUGAAAAUGACAAGAAAAAUAUGAUGAUGAUGAUGGAGGAAGAGGAAGAGGAGAACCAGCAACCUAAAGAGAAUGAGGAGGGAGGAGAAGGAAAGCCUGAUGAUAAGAAGGAGAAAGGAGGAGACAAAGCAGAUGACAAGCAGAGUAAAGGUACAUUCUCCCAGUCCCACUAUUACCUGGCUCUCUAUCGCUUCAAGGCCAUUGAGAAGGACGACCUCGACUUCCACCCUGGUGACCGGAUCACAGUCCUGGAUGACUCCAAUGAAGAGUGGUGGAGGGGAAAGAUGGGGGAUAAGACAGGCUACUUCCCCACCAACUACCUCAUUAAAGUGCGUGCAUCAGAAAGAGUUUUCAAGGUGACACGCUCCUUUGUAGGGAACAGAGAGAUGGGACAAAUCACACUGAAGAAAGAUCAGAUUGUGGUGAAGAAAGGAGAUGAGAAAGGCGGCUACUUGAAGGUCAGCACUGGACGCAAGCUGGGCUACUUCCCUGCUGAUCUGCUGCAGGAGAUCACUGUGACAUAAAAAACCAGGACAUGCAAUGAAGGAGCAUCCAACACUCUUUAAAUCUCAUUACAAACUAGUGCCAUCAAUGUUGAGAUCCUCCUAAUGUUUCAGCCAUUUUCUAUAUUUGUAAAAGAAAUUGCUCUUGUUGUUUCUGUCACUGCAGAAAUAUACUUGGUUUGAUCUAAUUGUGCCUUUGAGAUGAAUGAUUUGACAGUUUGAAAAACUAAUAGACGGUCAGAUGUUUUAAGUUAUAAUCUGCUGACUAUACAGUAGCUUGCAUUGAAAACCUGGAGAGCCUUGCAGAAGUACAUAAAGCAAUUCAUUAAUUAAUAUGAGGGUAAACAACUAAUAAAGGCUUAAAAUAAGAUUAAAGAAAUGUAGCCAUGUAUUUCUAAAUCAAUUUGAAAAAACUGUUUUUAAAGGUAUCAUAGAUAAAUGGUGGCAGGGGUGGCAAAUGGAAAAUUAAUAGUGAAUCAAACUGUAAACACAAAGACUCCAUGUUUAGUUUUUAGGGUUGUUCAACUAGCUCUUUAGUCCCAUUUAACGUUACUAUUAAUUUACAUUUUACUGCUUGUUCCAAAGCCAUUUCAGCAUGUACAUAACUUUGUAUUAAAAGAAAUUGCAGAGACAA